UGGGGACCAAUAGUGAAACAUUUUGUGCCUACCAACUGAGAAACGAUGUUCAGAACUCGACGCUUGGACUCUUCCGUUCUUUCUUAAUUAUAUCGUUGAUUUGUUUGUUGAUUUUUUUUCGUAACCAUAUAUGACUUUUACAAAUCUGAGAGAUUGCCGGUCGGAAAUAAGAAUUCAAAAUGUACUUUACAUGUGAAAGAAUGUGAGAAGAGCAGAAUCAUGGAACCAUGCAAAAGCAGAGCUAACAUUACAAGCAAAUUAAUCGGCGUUAAUCAGUCCAUGCGUAACCUUUUAUUAUUUUCUCACCUUUCGCGAAAAGAAUAUAUACGAAAUCGAGAAAGAAAAGAAAUACAAAGCCAUAUAUUCAUUUGUAUAUAGAAAACAAUUUUAAAGUUUGCAAAAAAAAAAGACGAAAAUUAAACUAUACCUUUUACUUUUUUCAUCGGGAUCACCACUGUCUAUAAAAGAGAGGAACCUCAGGAACAUGCAAAGGUUAUACUAUUAACCUGGUCCCGUUACUAUCUUAUUCAAUAUUGCGGUGAUUUGUUUGGGUCCACAACAAUACUUUUUGUUUUGUUUUGUGAAUCUUAUUUUUAGGAUUUGUUUUUUUAUUUAUACAGAAUCAGUGCAGCUAGAAUCAGUGCAGCUGUUUGAUUGAUGGUAUAAAACGAAACAAAUGCAAAUUUUAUUAUUUUCUAAUGACAUAAAUAGCAUCAAUGGUUCAGUACUUCAGUGUAUCCAAUACGUAACAAUUAUAGAAGAAUCUUACAAAAUACACAAUACAGUUUUACCAAGGAGUGCGAUAUAGUCUUCAAUCAAAAGCGACAGAUCCAAGUAAGUUAACAAUUUAGUUUACAAAAAAAAAAGUAAGUAGUAGCAUCAUCUUUGUGUCAUAAUUCAAAACGUAUAUUCCUUUAGUCUUUCACGCACGAAAAAGCUCGUUCACACGAUGGGAACUCCGGCUAAAGGCUGAGCCGGUCAAAACCUAACGUACCAAAGCUUUAUCACCCGUCUUGUCUAUUACCAAUUAAAACAUUGUCCACCUGUAAAUGCCGGUCAGCGAUUCAUAGUAUUUAUUUAGCAAGAACCCAUGUUUAGUUUCUCACUCUUUCUUCGUCUAAACCCUAAACUCUCUUUCUUUACUUUACUUCCUCUUUUUUUCUUGCGUUCUGUCUAGAGUAGAUCUCUGUUUGGAUUUUUAUCUCUACUAGGUUUUGUUGAUUUUUUAGAAAAAUGGAGAAAACUGGUGCUGGUAUGACAUUUUCCGACUUAGGGCAAAGGAGAGCUGACCCGUCGUCGUUGUCCGAUUCAUCGUGGGAGAGGUAUCCGGUAGGGUUCAUGGAGUUACUAGGCGUUCUUCAUCAAGACAGCUCUCGUUAUGCUUUGACCCAUAUGCCGCCGAUGCAGCUAACGGCAACACCUAACCCGUCGUCGUCCAUCUCAUAUGCUUUGUGCGAAGCAGUGACCGGAGAGGAAAGUAAUAGAUACUACCAGAAACUUGAAAAUGACGACGAAGAACAGAAACAUAAAAGAAAUAAGCGGUUUAAAUCAACGAGGAGUAGUGAACAGACGAAAAUGAAAGCGCCAAGAGUGUCAUUCAUCACGAAGAGCCAAGUUAAUAACCUAGACGAUGGUUAUAAGUGGAGAAAAUACGGUCAAAAACCUGUCAGAAACAGCCCUUUUCCUAGGAGUUACUACCGUUGCACUAUAUCUUGUUGUAACGUGAAGAAGAGGGUGGAGAGAUCAUUCACUGACCAAAGCAGUGUAAUCACCACCUACGAAGGUCAACACACGCAUCCUAGACCACUCAUCUUGUCUAGGCAAGGAAGCUUUGGAUCUGAUGGCUCAGCUUCUGAGGCCUACUUUGACCUGACCCCUACACUCCCUCCUCAGCUUCAUCAGCUUUUCGAUUACAACAACCAUCAUCAACAACAAAAUCAAGAGUUGUCUCCUUUUGGAACCGAAUACCUAAGCAGGCAAGAAAAGGAAUUUAACCAUGACGGUGGAGAUCAUUAUCAUGUGAUUAAGCCGAGACGAACUCAAGAUCUGCUUGAUGGAGCGGGUUUAGUCAAAGACAAUGGCCUUCUUCAAGAUGUUGUUCCAGCUCAUAUCAUUAACGAAGAAUAUUAAUUAAUCGCGUAAUGAAGUAGCUAGCUAGCUAAAUUUUAAUUUUUCAAAUUGCCAACUACGAAAAAAUGUCUUCUUGUAUGAAUCGUGUAGAUAUAAAAGUUUCCAAAAUCUAAUUAUAGGAUUAUGAUGUCACUUCUAUUUGAUCAUGAUGAGUUUUAAUUGAGAUAAUUUCCUUAAUUUAUAGUACCCGUUUUGGAUCAAACCACUAAACUUGUUUAUUAAAAUGUAUAAAGUUUUUUUUUGAAUGUU